AUGGACACAAUCAGGACUCAGGAUGAGCAACAGCAGCAUCAACAUCAUCAGCAGUGCAUCAGUGGCAUUGUUCUAGUGACGAGCAUCAAAUCCACCGUUAAAGCUGCCGAGCACGAACAGAACGCGCUCAAAAAAAGAGCUGAGGCAGCUGAAAAAACGCUGAGAGAGGGAGCGGAGCAUACAGCAGACACUCAGCAGACACCAAUGAGCAUCCAAAAUACUCGCACGGAGAAGCGAAGCAGGGACUCGCCAGGGGAGCAGGAAGUCCCGAAGAAGCAGCGGAACGUGCACGAUUGUGCUAGCGUACUGAAGGAUGGCGCCAAGAACGGUGAAUGGCAAGCCGUAGAAAGCCAGCGAGAGAAGAGGAAGAAGCAGAAGCAUGAUUCUACGAUGUGGCCACCUACACCGUACGUAGAUGAAGACGGAGUAACCAUUGCAGCUCAGAACCAAAUGAAACGACUAUUGAGUUCAUCGAUGGAGAUGAUGAUUUCGCCAAAUGGUUUCAAUCAACGCAAUCUAAACUAUCUUCUGAAAAGGAACGGGACUCCAACUAUUGUGCAAGAUCAACUUCACGGUGUUAUGGAGGUCGGACCUGAUAAUGAUAGCGGUACCGAAGAUGAGGCGCCGCCGUUCCGUCAGUUCAGCGAAAACCCAAUUAAAAACAUACCUCCUGUAGCACCAUCCGAAACGUCGCUACGUCAAAGCCUUAAAUCAAGGGAGCUAACCAUAAAACUGCUCAAAUAAAAUAUGAAAUCUAUUCGGCGCCAAAUGUUCGUCCAAGACCAAACCAGCAAACGCCGAUUGAAUGCUUCCAACCGAUAUAAGAAGCUGUUCUUUUCCUUGCGCAAAAAAAUAAACGUUCUUAAAAAGAUAAAAAACGACAACGAAAAACUCGGAGAACAAGCCAGAAGAAAUCCGAUAAUCCUUGAUACUCUAAAAAAUACAAUGCGCCACCUAAAAGCUCGACGAUAUCAACCAGAAACCAAAAAGUUUGCUUCUGGAGCAUAUCUUAGUGGACCACGAACUUAUAGAUUCGUUCGAAGAUCAAAAAACUUUAUUCUACCCCAUAAAAGCACAGUUUACGGGUACAAUAAGAGUAUCCGCAUUCUUCCCGGUUUGAACAAGACCAUUCUUAUGCGAAUGAAGUGUAAAGUUCGAUACAUUAGGCCUAAGAGAGAUAAGUUAGUCAUGAUCUGCUUGGAUGGGAUGUCUGUCAAACCUGAAUUAACGUAUUGGGCAAAAUCAGACAUAUUCUAUGGAUUUCCAUUUGAUGGCACUGAACGUAAAACUGAAAAAAAAUCAGAAGGGUUACUGGCAACUGAAGCGGUGGUAGUGAUGACAUCCGGAAUAUACAUUCUAUUCAUACAGGUAACCAAUCUCGUUUGA